GCGUAUCGAGCGCACGUCGCGCUACCCGGUGAUGAAUCGAACGCGAAAAUGACCGACGAAUUGGAAAAAUCAUCGACGGAAAACGUCACCGUGGUGACGGGAAACUUCCCGACUGUAUCGAGCCUGAAAUCUGAAGACUCCACGGAGCAGCUGAUAUGCAAGACGCCGCAGAAACUGCCGAAGAAGAAGAAAAGUUGUAAAAGUGUCAGUUCCAAGAGUGUCGAGGCCGGUAGUGAUGACGGUGGGCCGAGGCGUGUGGUGGUGUUCCUGGGGUUGUCGCAGGUGGUCUUGGGCGCGCUGCUAGUAGGCGCGGGCGCCUUGGCCGUGGUCAAGGGAGCUUCGCUGUCGCGGGUCGGCGCCGGGCUGUGGUCGGGCUGCGUUGCCGUCGUCGCUGGAGUGGUUGGAGUAUUGGCUGGGAUAAAUGACUGUUAUGGAUUGAAUAAUUCCUCUGGCAGUGGGUUGUUGACGGCGUUCCUGGCGCUGUCGCUGCUGUGCCUCGCGUGUGGAAACAGCGCUGCCGUGCUGGCUGCCACCGGUCUGCAGCGCGACUCGCUGCGGCAACCUGAACCGCUCACCAGUUUUGAGGAUGAAAUGCAAGCAUGGACUCCAGUGCUGGCUAACAUCGCGCUGCUCAUAAUCGCCUCAGUUCACUGCCUGGUCUGCAUCGUCUCCAUCUACCAUCUCUCUAAGAGAAUUUGUCCCUGCUUCCGUCCGAAGCAGGCCUUCGACCACAACCAGUUCGACCCGGCCUUUAAGCCGGUUCAGCCUUGUGUUUUCCACGUGGACGAGAUCAAGAAGGCCCAAGAGGCGGAGAAGAUAAGAGGACAUGAACUCUGUAAGGAGUUGGAGGCGAAGUUGCAAGGAGAGACGCUGAAAAAGAAAAAGGAGGAACCUGAAUUCGGAAGUGCUAACAGUAAAGAAAAACUGGUGACAAAGUGGCUCGGCCGUCACCACACCGUGACGACUGCCGUCCGACCUCUCAGGAGCAAAGGCGUUAGGAAACCAAGGAAACCUCCACCAGGAGCGAUGAUGCUCGUUCCAGCACAUCCAGCGAGCACGCUCGGACGGGUUCCCGUGAGCAUGAUGGUACCUCAGAGGUAUGCGACACUGCCGCUACCGCCAGCGCCCUACGCGCCACCCCUUUACUAUCCCGUGCCAGAUGCGCGAGUACGGCGACGUCGCUCGCCCCGCGCGGUGCGCACCGAGCGCCGCACGCGUCGCGGCCGCCGAGAGGACGCGCAACUAACUCGGUCCCUGGAGCGCAUCCACCGCAAGCGACGCGCUGACAGAGAGCAUCCAUCCCUGGACGACUUGAAGAGAACUUACACGGGACUGGAUAGAGCGUACGCGGAGCAGUUCAUCGCAGUGUGCGACGAGAGCCGGCACGCGGCGGAGCAGCACGACUCGCUUGCGAGCACAGCCACCGACUCCUCGCACUCGCACCACUCGCACUAGCACAUACACACAGACACACAAACGUGACUCACACAAUCUUCUAUCUACGUAUUCGUGCUAUGAACUAGAGCUGCCAGAACGUUUGACAUGACCAGAAAUUUGGUACUAUUGCUUGCUACCAACAAAAGCUUAUUUGUUCCGUUAAUAAAAUUAAAUCCGCUAAAUUAGAGGCUUCGUGUGUGACCUGUAACCGCAAUUACAUAAUAUACGGACUAUGUUAAAAUUAAUAUAAGCAACUUAUAAAAACUUAUUACUCCUGACUAAAUGUAAUAGCAAAAGCAACAAAAUAUUUAUAGUCGAUUUCAAUGGCAGGAGGAGUAAAGAUAAAUAAACAGAUUCGAUCUUGAAUUAGUCGGGAUCUUAAAUAAUAUGGAGUAUUAAUUGUGGAUUUGUGGAAAAAUACGUCUUGAAUGCCGAUGACGUUGUUAUUAGAAUUUUAGAAGUAAAAUUAAAGCGAUUUCAAGUAGUAAAGUUAGAUUAUAAAUAAAGACACUAUUUACAAUGCACAAUACAGCUGUUAUUUACAAAUCGCAUGGUAUGUGUAUUAUGUGUAUAAGGUUUGUUUAUCUCUACUCCUCCGAUUGGAAUAGGCUAUAUGUACCUACUAGCCAUAUUAACUUGACAGUUUGACAGCAGACUGAAGUCGUGGCUUAGAAUUAAAUAACUCCGUAUAGAAAUUUUAAUACAAUAUUAACUAUCUUUUUAUUUAAAAUUGAGGCAAAAAUUAAUUAUUAUAAUUAUUAAAUUAUAAGUUGUAAAUAUUUUCUUAAUAUCGAGCAAAACAAAAGUAUAUUUCUUUUAAUUUUUUUAUUUAUUUUAUAGUUUUAUACGAUAUUUAUAAGUUUUAUUUCUCUUGUAUAUCAACACGAGCUUACAGUGUAGAGAAGUAUAGUAAUGAUAUAAAUAUUUGAUAAGUUAACACAUUAAUUAAGAGUAUGGUACCAAACUAAACGGGAUAGCUUUAUGACUUUAGUUUUAUGACUUACUAACACACUCAAACGUAACUUACUAACUCACGCACAACAAUAACUAGUUUCGUUUUAUUUAUUUUUUUAUAAUACAUUACACAAAUAUUCAAUUUGAUUCCUUCUAAACGUAUACGUACCUAUGGCUUAUUUUAUCUGUAGUAAUUAUAUAUCUUUUGUUCAUGUUAAAAUAAAUA